CUCCCUUGGGUUCAACCAUGAUUCACAGCCUCUUCCUGAUUAACUCCUCAGGGGAUAUUUUUCUGGAGAAGCACUGGAAAAGUGUUGUCAGCCGCUCUGUUUGUGACUACUUUUUUGAAGCACAGGAGAGGGCUACAGAGGCAGAAAAUGUACCUCCUGUGAUCCCCACUCCUCAUCACUACCUCCUGAAUGUUUAUCGUCAUAAGAUUUUUUUUGUGGCAGUGAUUCAGACAGAAGUGCCGCCCCUCUUUGUCAUUGAAUUCUUACAUCGGGUUGUGGACACUUUCCAGGAUUAUUUUGGUGUCUGCUCGGAAGUAGUAAUCAAGGACAAUGUGGUGGUGGUUUAUGAGGUGCUGGAGGAGAUGCUGGACAAUGGAUUCCCAUUGGCUACUGAGUCCAAUAUCCUGAAGGAGCUGAUAAAACCCCCCACCAUAUUGCGAACUGUUGUCAACACCAUUACAGGAAGCACCAAUGUAGGUGACCAGCUCCCUACUGGACAACUAUCAGUGGUGCCAUGGCGACGGACCGGUGUGAAAUACACCAAUAAUGAGGCAUAUUUUGAUGUAAUUGAGGAGAUAGAUGCAAUCAUUGACAAAUCAGGUUCCACAAUUACAGCUGAAAUCCAAGGGGUGAUUGAUGCUUGUGUUAAAUUGACUGGAAUGCCAGACCUCACCCUCUCUUUCAUGAACCCCCGGUUACUGGAUGAUGUCAGCUUCCAUCCAUGUGUCCGUUUCAAGCGCUGGGAAUCAGAGCGGAUCCUCUCUUUCAUCCCACCAGAUGGAAAUUUCCGAUUGCUCUCCUAUCAUGUCAGCGCUCAGAACUUGGUGGCAAUUCCUGUCUAUGUUAAACACAACAUCAGUUUCCGUGACAGCAGCUCAUUGGGACGCUUUGAGAUCACUGUGGGACCCAAGCAGACUAUGGGAAAGACUGUAGAGGGGGUGAUGGUCACCAGCCAGAUGCCAAAAGGGGUCUUGAACAUGAGCCUCACCCCCUCACAGGGAAUGCACACCUUUGAUCCAGUUACAAAGUUGCUCUCAUGGGAUGUAGGGAAAAUAAACCCCCAGAAGCUGCCGAGUCUGAAGGGGACUAUGAGCCUUCAAGCUGGCACAUCCAAACCUGAUGAGAAUCCCACCAUCAACCUUCAGUUUAAAAUUCAGCAGCUGGCUAUCUCUGGGCUGAAGGUGAAUCGCCUGGACAUGUAUGGGGAGAAGUACAAACCGUUCAAGGGCAUUAAAUACAUGACCAAGGCUGGCAAGUUCCAAGUCCGAACUUAGAGAGCC